AUGCCAUUGAUCAUGGAACAGGGCCUCAAUGUCGAUGAUCUCUUUGGGGAGUCCGGCUCCCUCGAGCUGGGCUUGCCUGCGGGUCCACCCCCGACCAAAGGCUUAGCACAAUGUCAGGAUGAAAUGCGUCUCUUAGGGUGUCGUCAGAAAAUUGCCUGGUCUCGACUGGGAUGUAUCGCAUAUAUCUCCGCAGAUGGACUGCAGGUCAAUUUGCGCCAUCUGAAUUCCAGUCCUUCGAAUGGAAAAUGGGUACUGAGCGAGGAAACUACACUCGCUCCGGUCGCGGAGACCCAUGGCGGUAAUCAGCUCGUCCACCUGUCCUGGAACGAGUCUGGUUCGGAAAUGGCGGUCGUGGACUGCCUGGGACGAAUUUCCAUCUAUUCAAUCUCAAUAGCUUUGAACAGUAUCACAGGUGUACGGCAGGCCAAUUUUGAUUCAAGUGAUGAUAGUAACCAAAUUGUUGGCAUGAUGUGGCUUAACACCCAGCGAAUGGUACAUGCCUUUCACCAAGCAGCCAAGGUUAAUGGCCGUUGGGCCUACUCUCCCUUUCGUCGCCGCCCAAUUGGUCCCUUUAAUCCCGCCAAUAAAGGUGCACUGAUCUGUGUCACCCGAGCAGGCCAGAUCCGGCUCAUCUUCCAAAAUCCAGACAGCAAAUGGACUGAACUACCUGCGGAGCUAAAGAACACCGGGUAUUCAGACAGGCUAUUGACCCAUGCCUCUAUCGUUGCAACUCAAACUGGUAUCUUGGUUGCAACCUACUCCGUAUGCCAAAAAAUAUGCCUUUACCGAGUACAAAUAUCCUGGAACCCCCCACAGUGGGAUACCACUCAAGGGAAACAAGCCCAAUUUCCCAUCCCAUCAUUCGCCUUCCUGCAUUGCAAGAUUGACAUGCCGAGUAGUAUCUUGGAUGUCAACCGGGGUUCCCAGCAACAUACGGAUAACCCAUUACCAUUUCACAAUUCCGUUUAUUCAUUGAAUUGGUUAGAGAUCAUGCCUGGUCAAAUCGAUAGCCCAACGGGAUCAACGGCCAACCCCUGGAUCCUUGCUGUGUUUGCCAAGCCGCUUCACUCCACACCUGAAUAUCCAGACCAACAAGGACCUUCUAGUGUCAUUGUUCGAUGGCAAUUGGAGAAUGCCCCUCAAGCCUUCCACCCCAAGUUUGACGAGGUCGCACCGAAAAAGAGCAAUGCUCAGGCCAAGUCCAAGAUGGAGUUGCGUCGGCUAGACGACAUUCACUGCCAUAAAUACAUCGUUUCCGUGGAUAUAGUGGAGCACGGAACUGCUCUGGCUGUCACACAUGAUGACAGCUCGAUUACAUUCUAUGAUACACGGACGAUGGCCGUUUUCAACGGAAUGGAUGAUGCUAGCACAGUGACCUGCCUAGCUCAAGCUGGAUUCCAGUUCCCGAUGGACUCAGCCGGUAUCUCAAUUGCCUUUUCUCCAAAUGCCUGCGUUGCCGUCACGCUAGAUGCAGAGGGGCAAAUACAUAUGAGGUCGAUGGAACAUCCAUUUGGAUCCAAUGACGGCCUCUAUGACGAUAGUAUGGACUACCUCUCUGAUAAUCGAAGAGCACAAGACGCUAAUGCGAAACCAGGUAAAUUUUCAUCCGCCAUUGCAGCACUCACUCUUGCCUUCAGUCGUGGAUGUGGAGCCGAGGUCAACACAGACGAUAUUUUGAUGGUUGCUCUAAAGCGACUUACGCCUGGUAUGUCCUGUCAGUUGUCCAGAGAUGAAAAGGGACUAAAGAUAGCAACAGAGGCUCAAUCAACACUUAUCGGCGAAGUGUAUCGUGCUUUGCCUGUGAAUUGUAACUUCACCGUUGAAACCGAAAAGCUCAUGACACAUCCAUAUAUUCCUCGAUGUCUGAGCUUACAGGCUGCUUUGGGCUACAAGGGAAGACUCAAGCGCCGAAACCUCUCAUCUGCUGUCCCGUGGGCCAUUAUUCAGCUUCGCCAUGCUGCUGUGCUGAUUGCAUACUUUUUCCAACAUGGGAACAAAGGGCAGAGCGAGGCACAUGAUCCAGAAAUCCUACAAAUGCUUUUAGGCAAUAUAAAAUGGGUCCUAGACUUCACCCACUUCAUCUUGAGCGAGGCAUUCGACCUUGCCGACGAAUUCGAUGUUCUCUUCACCGACCAAGAAGCCUUUACUCAGAAAUUGAGAACCGUCAACUCCGUCUCCCUCAUCGUCCUCCUCUCCAGCAUGUCCCGCGCCUUCCUCCGCUUCAUCUGCCGCGGCCUCCGAGGCGUCCUCGGCGGCUUCACGCAAACAAACCCAGCGUCAAUCCCCAGCGCCUCGAGAGUCUACUACACCGAGAUCUGUCAAAUCCUCCAAUCCUCUCCCGUCCGCAUUGACAUCUACGAAAAGUUCCUAGCAGGCGUCGACUCAGCCGUGAAACACGCCUACCAAGGCUCCGGCUUCGGAGACGCAGAAAGACCAGGUCCAGAAAAGGAACUCCUCGUAAAUGCACGCAUCCCACCCGUUCUCGUGACAGCCGUCGCAACCCUCCUUCGUCAAACAGUCCCUUCAAUGAAAUCAGAGAUCAACCGCAAAGAUAUUCUCCUGGGCGAUUAUAGCUGGCUUGGUUUCGGGACUGAUGUUCGUACGGCGAUGUAUCGUCGGCAACGGGAAGUUGAUAUUCUGAAGAAGGUCCCGCUGAGGCCGCCGCUCGCUGUUGGACGGAAUGGGAGGGUUAUUCAGCAGCAGAAGAAACGAAGAUGCGUGCGCUGUGGUGAGGUCUCUGGGGAUGUGGCUUUGCCUAAAUCUUUGCCUUAUUUCAAGAUGAUCGCUAAGUUGAAUUUGUUGCGUUGUUGUCCGUGUGGGGGUUUGUGGAUGUUGGAGUCAGAGCCUAGGGAGAGGGCCAAUAACGUGGCGAAUGGGCAGCAUGUUCCUGUGAGGACGCCGGCUGCUGUGGCUGCUGCACUAGGGUAG